UCCCGUGCGUGUAUAUAUAUACGAAUACGACCAUCAUAUAUCGAUGCACAAAUUACUAAACGAAGAUUGUAUUUAAGCAUGGCGGCGUGGAUGAAGGUGCAGAGCUCCGGCGGCCGGCAGCUGCUGUCCGUCGUCUACCUCGUGGCCGCCGUUGUGAUCAUCCUGCCGGCCACCAGCAGCCGGUGGCGGCCGCAAUGUCUGUGGCGCGAGGACCGUGGCGUUGCCACCCACCUGCACUUGUUCAUGCACGACGUCCUGACCGGCCCGGACGCGACGGCGGUGGACGUGGUGAACGGCACGGGGCGUGCCUUCGACGUCGCCGGCGGGCUGCGGUUCGGGCAGGUGGUGGUGAUGGACGACGUGCUGACGGAGGGGCCCAGCCGGUCGUCGCCGCGCGUGGGGCGGACGCAGGGCUUCUACGUCUUCUCCGACAUGAACGUGCCGGCGCUGCUCUUCUGCAUGAACGUGGUGCUCACGGCGGGGCCGUACGCCGGCAGCACCGUCACCAUCCUCGGCCGCGACCACAUCACCCAGCCGCUGCGGGAGCUCUCCGUCGUCGGCGGCACGGGGGCCUUCCGCAUGGCCACCGGCUACGUGCUGUGGAGGACGGCCAGCUGGCAGUUCCGCGCCGACGCUGUCCUGGAGCUCGACGUCUUCGUCCACACGCGCCCGGAGUACUUGCAGUCGCCGCCGCCGCCGCCGCACCACCGCCCUCCUCCUCCCACCGUCGUCGUUACAUGAGAGCCGGCCUCAUCGAUGGAUGCAUGCAUCACAUGAACCUUAAUUAGCUUUCUGUAAUUCAAUAAUAAUAAAACUAGCCACGUACGGUGAAUUAAUUAAGUGAGAUAUAUAUGUAUGUGGGAGCACAAGGUGCGGACUGUGGAGUCAUGACUCAUGACUACCCAUCAUAUCCGUGAACUAUGAAUAAUGCUCUAUACAUGAGAAUACAAUUUUCAAUCUUUUCUAUA